UCCGGUGAGCUUUUCUACCCACCCGUUUAUUUUGAAAGAGCGUCAUACCGCUUUUUACGGCCAGCGACGUCCGCUUUCCAUAAUUAGAGAACGACGAAACGUGGAUGUUGUCAAAUGUCUUAUUCACCAGGAUCUGUUGUCUGACUAUUUAAUUCAAAGUUCCUUUUAAAUAGCAGAUUGGGAAAUUUUUAGUCAAGGGAACAAAAAUGACGGGACAGUCGGCUUUGUUGCUACGUAAACAAUUAGCAGAUCUGAACAAGAACCCCGUGGAAGGCUUCUCGGCUGGUCUUGUGGACGAUAAUGACAUAUUUCAGUGGGAAGUCGUCGUUAUUGGACCACAGGACACACUCUUUGAAGGAGGUUUCUUCAAGGCCACGUUAACAUUUCCAAGGGAUUAUCCUUUGAGACCACCAAAAAUGAAGUUCAUCACGGAAAUCUGGCAUCCAAAUGUUGCAAAAAACGGUGACGUAUGCAUCUCAAUCCUGCACGAGCCCGGAGAAGACAAGUAUGGGUAUGAGAAGCCGGAGGAACGCUGGUUGCCAAUCCAUACGGUGGAGACCAUCAUGAUCAGCGUCAUCUCCAUGUUGGCAGACCCCAACGGCGACUCACCCGCAAAUGUCGACGCGGCGAAAGAGUGGCGUGAUGAUCCCAGAGGUGUUUUUAAAAAAAAGGUUGCACGUUGUGUGCGGAAAAGUCAAGAGAUGGCUUUUGACUGACGUUUCAAUUGAAGAUUAAACGAGUGGCUGAGAGGUACAACAAAGUCCACUUCGGAGUUCUGACCCAUCAUAUUUCCGGACUUCAAAAGAUUCAGCAAAAGCCAUCGGUUGUUUAUUUUUUUUUUUCCCCAAGAAUCUCAAUCCAUGCACCAUAUUCAUAUUUUAGUUUUCCCUUCAUAUAAAGUAUUUAUUUUUAAACAAGAACCAGUUGUUUUUUUUUUAAAUAAAUCUGCCACACUGAGCCAUACAGUGCCUUUUAUAAAACCAAACUGAGGGCUAGUGUUGUAGAAAAACAAAAAGGGCAUAUCAGAAUAGAAUGCAUGUCGUUUACAAUCUUUGCUGUGGCGAGUGUUAUUAAAUAGAGUAGUUGUGUGAAAUUGAUUUGUUUUGGAGGAUAGUGCUGUUAAAUAAAUUUCAACCGUUACCAACUCA